UAUUCAGAAAAGCUAUUGCAAUAGGGGAAAGAGACCUCAGUUAUAGAACUGGGCUUCUGUAACUCCUAGUACCAGGAAAAGUGGGCAGUUAUAGUCAAGGAGCAGGCAGAGUGGAGGGGAAAAUUGUAAGGCAACAUCGGGACCAGGACUUUCUGGUACAACGACCUGAAAGGAGCCGGAGGCAGACCAGGGCAAUGGGAUGUUGGAGGAGGGCUCCCGUCGGAUAGUGAGGUUGAUCAGGUAUCCAAACGAGUUUAGGACUUUUGCUAAAAUUGGGCGAUGCAGACACAGACACACAAGUGCAGACGUGGAGGAUUCAAGGCCUGACUGAAGUUUGAUCAAGGAGAGAUGAAGUCUCAGGAGGUAAAAGCAAGCUUCUUGCAAGUGGAGCCAGCAACGUUAACUGUACCUUUGGGGUCUAGGGAGAAAGGGUUGCAAGCCAGAGGCCAAGGGGCGGGUCCAUCUCCUGUUGCUCCUCGGACCACAAUUGGCAGUGGGCGGGCUCUCGCUCCUGGCCUGCCAGUCUGGAGUCUUUUGGAGUGCAAGGAGAGCUCGCCCCGCCUCCUCGGUGGGCGUCUUCCAGCGCCUCUUGGGUCUAUGGAGGAAAAACUUGGCGCUGGAGCCUCGUUUCUCAUGGCUGCAGUCGCCUGCGGCACCAAGGCCAUGUCCCUCUUUAAGCGGACCUUGGUGCUGAGCCCCACCGCGGCACCCAGGGGCACAGGUAGCCCCCCGCGCUGCUGGCCCUCCAAAGAGUGGCCACGGGGAGAGGGCAUCUGCGUUCGGCUAUUGAGCCCUACGGCUGCCUGCCGCCUGCCCCAGUCUCACUCCCACUCCUGCUCCUCGACGUCUGCUACCUCUGUGUGUCUCCUCUGCCCGCAGGACUCGCUCAGCAGCUCCUUGAAAACUUGCUACAAGUAUCUGCAUCAGACUAGUCGCAGUUUCGCAGCUGUUAUCCAGGCGUUGGAUGAAGAAAUGCGCCAUGCAGUGUGCAUCUUUUACCUGGUUCUCCGGGCUUUGGACACGGUGGAGGAUGACAUGACCAUCAGUAUAGAAAAAAAGAUCCCACUGUUACACAACUUUCACUCUUACCUUUACGAACCUGACUGGCGGUUCAUGGAGAGCAAGGAGAAGUAUCGACAAGUGCUAGAGGACUUCCCCACGAUCUCCCUUGAGUUUCGAAAUCUGGCUGUGAAAUAUCAAACAGUGAUUGCCGACAUUUGCCAGAAAAUGGGAGCUGGGAUGGCAGAGUUUUUGAAUAAGCGCAUGACAUCGGAACAGGACUGGGAGAAGUACUGUCACUAUGUGGCUGGGCUGGCGGGAAUCGGCCUUUCUCGCCUGUUUGCGGCCUCAGAGCUGGAAGACCCUCUGAUUGGAGAAGAGACGGAGUGCUCCAAUGCUAUGGGUGUGUUUCUGCAGAAAACAAACAUCAUCCGCGAUUACCUGGAGGAUCAGCAAGAAGGAAGAGAGUUUUGGCCUCAAGAGGUUUGGAGCAAGUAUGUUAAGAAGUUGAGUGAUUUUGCUAAGCCAGAGAACAUCGACUUGGCCGUGCAGUGUCUGAAUGAACUUAUAACGAGUGCGCUACACCACAUUCCAGAUGUCAUCACCUACCUUUCCAAACUUAGAAACCAAAGUGUGUUUAACUUUUGCGCUAUUCCCCAGGUAAUGGCCAUUGCUACUCUGGCUGCCUGUUACAAUAAUCAGCAGGUGUUCAAAGGGUUAGUGAAGAUUCGGAAAGGACAAGCAGUGACUUUAAUGAUGAACGCCACCAACAUGCCAGCUGUCAAAGCUAUAUUAUACCAGUAUAUGGAAGAGAUCUAUCAUAAAAUCCCCGACUCAGACGCAUCCUCUAGUAAAACCAGGCAGAUCAUCUCCAGGAUCAGGACACAGAAUCUUCCCAGCUGUCAGCUGGUCUCCCGAAGCCACUACUCCCCCAUUUACCUGUCAUUUGUCAUGCUCCUGGCUGCCCUGAGCUGGCAGUAUGUGAGCACCCUGUCCCAGGUCACAGAAGACUGUGUCCAGACCGGAGAACACUGAUUUGUUUCCCAUGAAGAGGGUUGACCUUUUUUCAAGAACAGAUAUUGUCUUCCCCUUUCUCCUGCUUUAAUCCUAUAAGAAAUCUGUUGGCUUUAGUCUUGGGAAACAGUCUUGGGCAAGCAGCUGAGAAGAAUAAAAGGAUAUGUCAUCCUCAGCCCCUGGUCCUUGUAGGUUGUGCUAACCUGGGCGUGGUGGCUGACGGCCAAGCCCUGGGUGCUGCCAGCAGGGGAAGUGAUUGCAAGUGGGACUGCUGACAGACGUUAGCGAGGGUCCUGGCUAGAAUGAUAAUGGAAUGCAUUUAACUGGAAGCAACCUCUGAAUACCCACCCUAGCAGCAAAGUGAAAUGAAUUUUCCUUACGUGUGUUUCUCCUGUUUUGCUUACCAUUUUUACUUUCUUUGGUUGAUUUGAAUGUAAUAGCUGUAGUUUAUAGCUCUAGGUAAUUUUUCUGUUUCCUUCUAAGAAUGCAAACUGUCUUCUGCACAUGAAGGCUAGGAAUUAACUUCUGGGUAUUCUGGUGUUAUUUUCUUCUUUAAAGAGAGUUUAACUCUCUGAAAGAAACAGCAGGACUACCUUGGCCCCAUUGUUGAAGACUGGGUUUCCCUUCAGGCUGAUAUGUUUGAGAAAAUUUUUAUAGUAAUGAAUGAAUUACUCUGCAUUUGUCAAGGGCAGCUCCCUCAAAAGCCUGGGUGAGCAUGACAGAUAAGGAACUCAAGAGUGGGGUUAGUGCUUGAGGGGCAGACAGCGAGCCGCUGCCACCACCAAGCCACUAGAGCAGUGCAGAGAGGGGACACAGCUGCCUGGCCCCUGCAUGACUGCCUGCUGGGAAAGUAGCAAGCGGCCUGGAGCCUGCGCUAACUGCCAGCCUUCUGGAUUUCAGGCCAGUUCUCUUACCUGCAUUCAGGGCUUUAAGUUCAGCUUUUGUUUUUAAUUACCAGUUUAUACACUGAAGUCUCAAGAAAGGCAAAAGCCAUGUUCAGGGGCUUGAAAGCCGAGUGGUACUCAGCCUGAUUCUCAGCACUGUGGCUCGCCUUCCUCCUUACCCAGUACAGCCGAGGUUGGUGAUGGCCUCAUACUCACAGCGACUUGCUGAGAUUGCAGCCUGGAGUCGGGAGGAUGUGGCCCCCUCACUAGGGGUGUUUGAAGAGGCCCCGCAGCCUGACAGUGGAGGUGGUAGGGCCUUCGACUGCUUUCUGGAAGCUGUCAGUGCUCAGCGUACAUAGUCUAGUCUCUUUUGCUGCAGUUCUUUACGUUCAGUGACUUCUUGAGUUUGAGGGUUCUCCAUCAACAACGUUGGAUUGCACUGUUACACACACACCACACAGACUUCCCUCCUCUGACAGCCGCUUCCACCUGACACAGCCUACUUAGUUGUUUGGUCCAUGGAGCCUUCAGUCAGUUGGUUCAUUAGAGGCUUAGUCCUUGACACACUAAAGUGACUCGCCACGUACCUACCAUACAGCUGAGUCAGACCCGUAAUUUGCCAGGUUGUUUAAAGCAUCAAAACUUGGUUUGAGACUCCAGGGUAGGUUAAAAAUCUUGAAAUCUAAGGUUCUGCUGGAGUUCACGCAAGACAGGGCCUUGAUCUGAGGUGGACAGACUGGAAUCUUCUGGCUCAGCCAUGGCCUGUGGGAUUUGUGUGGUUUAGGUGAACUCUUAGGUCCCUCCCAGCUAUGAAGCUGUGUGAUGUUGACUCACCCACUGGUGCAAAGGUCUAACACCUGAUUUCCCUCUCCAAAGUUCUUUGGCAGAUGCUUCUAAGUGUUUCUCUACUGAAACUGCCAGAUAAAAUGCAGGUUAAACUUGGAUUUCAGAUACUUUUUUUUUGUAUAAAUAUCUAACACAUUUCAUGGGACAUUUAUGUAAAAAUUGUUAACCUGAAGUUCACAUUGGGCGCCCUUCCUGGGCAGCCCCGCCCUCCCUUUAAUGCAGUGCGUCAUCACAGGCCGUGUUCCUGGCGUGCAGCCUGCUCGACUCCUCACAGCAGAACGUUUUACAUUUUCCUCAGGGAAGUAAUAGCUGAGGUUGUCAAUGAGGUAAUGAUCAAUGGCCAUAAGCUGAAGUUUACUAUUGGUAUUGAUCCUGGCUAUAAGAUUUUUUUCUACAGAUUUUCAUAUUCUAACAAGACUUCAAGCCAAGUGUGAAGGUGACCUGCAGUGUGUAUACUUGCGCCACUCAUCACACCUCUGCCAGCUCUCGAGGUCAGGGUGGAGUCGUGGGGGGUGUGGUAGAGAAAUGUGGAAGUGGGAUUGUUAGACUCGGUCUGGGAGUAGGUAGACCGUCAACUUCAUUGGGGUGAUGAGCAUGUUCUAAUUGAAAUGUUAAUAAAAUGGUUACACACUU